AGGUAUCUGAAGGUGGAUUUUCCUAAAUGUUUCUCUAUAAUUACAGAUGUUGCUAAUGAGAAGAAAGAGGGUCAGCCAUCAGAAGAUGUAGAAAAGAAAAAUGGUGGGGCCAUAGAGCCUAAAAGUGCAAAGAAGAAGAAAAAGAAGGACAAAGCAUCCAAGGAGGUGAAGGAAUCAGAGGAUCAGCCGAACAAUGUAGAUGCCACUACUGGACCCGAGGAAACUGGAGGAGUUGGACCAGUAGAAGAUGUGUCAACAGUGGAUAUGAAGGAGAGGCUGAAAAGGGUGGCUUCGGCAAAGAAAAAGAAAUCUGGGAAAGAGACAGAUGCUGCUGCAAGAGCAGCCGCAAUAGAGGCUUCUGCACGGAAUUCCAAGCUUGCUGCAGCAAAGAAGAAAGAGAAGAGCCAUUACAACCAGCAACCAACGCGAUAAAUUCUACCACAACUUGGAAUGAUUAGCAUCAAUGGUUCGAGUUCCAAACAGUUUGGUACACAAAAGCAUGUUUUUGCUGAUGUAGAAUAAGAUUAGGGCUCUAGGUUUGGUUUUUAGG